AGGAGCGAGGAGGAGCGCCUGGAGAUGCACGAAGAGGACGAGCUGGAGCAACUGGAGCGCGAGAUUGGUAUGCCAUCUGACGAUGCCUCUACGUCCGAGAUGCCAUUAAGAUCACAAUACUCUCAGACGAAGCAAGAGCUUGCAGCCGCCCUCGCGAACCGAUUCGUACAUUCACGUACAUACAUAUUCCUCUAUCUCGGCAUGGCCGCACUUUCCCUCACCACCGUCGUGCUCUCUCUCCUCGAGGGCUGUCCUGGUAUAGCUUUCUUUGUAUUGGAAAUGAUAAUCAACUCCGGUAUGAUCAUCGAAGUUGGCAUCCGAUUAGUCGCAUUUGGACGAAAAUUCUGGAAAUCACCAUUCAACUAUCUGGACAUAUUCGUCACCUUGUUUUGCAUUGUCACCCUCAUUACUGUUUCUGUUUCCGGAUGCUCUGGCACAUCCAAGUCCGAAGAGCUGCUCGACACGCUUCUGCUCGUCGCGCGAAACGUGCUCCAAUUUACCCGUCUAGCAAAUGUUCUGCGCAAGUCAGGCCGGAGCAUCUUCGCUCGCCCAGCACCGAUCGACUUGAGCCAAGCGAGGAGGUUGGGAUACGCGCUCGAUAUCGACUUGUUUGACGAGGACGCUCAGCUGGCGGAGGAAGACCCACACGCUGCAGCGCCCUUGGUACCACAAGGGCAGUCUCGCCGAGAAGGACAGAACGGCGGGGUUGUCUUUGAUGCUGCGAGAGAGAGCACCGUGACUGCAGAGGGGCAGGAUCGGAUGGGCCGGCCAGACAGGGGGAAGGUCUUUGGUACCGAUGAUGCGGAGGAGCAGUGGGCCCAUUUGUGAUCGGUGGGGUUUUGGCGAUGCUCGAUGGGUCAGCGUAUGUAUCUCUAGUUUUUCCUUCCUUUGUUUCUAUUACAUACUGGAUAGACGGACAGGUUUACACAUCUCGUUCCCUCGCUUUUGAUUCGCCGAUCCGUCGAGGUUCCGGAUAGGCUGGCCACAAUGAAUAUUGUU